GAGACGGGGAAGGUCUCAUUUUUCACGUCGCGUUACAAUCUGCUCACAUAUGGCCAACAGAAAAGUGAUUAAUACGAGAAAAUUGCAACAAAUUGCUAUAUAAAUCCACGUUAAAUUGAGAGCAUUUCACCUGUUAAAAGUUAUUUGCAGUACGUUUGAGAAUACAGGCCAUAAAAAGAAGCCUCUUUGAAAAAGUACACUCCUUUAGUAAUAUGUAAUGACUUACAAAAUGAACCCCCAAUCUUACAAAUCAACUGUCUGAAUGAUUUAAAGAGUCUUGGCACGACUGUAGAGGAACUUACUGCUUACUGUGCACUGUGGUUUUUCUUUCAGCCAGCAGACAGAGUGCAUCGUUUUUUAGGGUUUUGUUUUGUUUUUUUUCCCCGAGAUACUGAAAGUUUUUUUGUUCACCCCAGUAGUCUGUGAGCUUCAGGUUUCUGUUGAAGAAUGACCUAUUAAUGAACCAUCACCUCUAACCAUAGAGUGCAGCAAAAGAAGACGCUGACACCGUCACAUUUUCUAAGCGCGGCGAGCCUCAGACUUAAAGAGUGCCUGAGAAACGAUAUCACCACUCGAGGUCGGGAGUGGGGUGCAGCGGCGAACAUGGCAGAACUGCCUCGACUGUGUUUGCUUCUUCUGUUUGCAGGCCGGCCACCAGCCCUGACAGCGACCCCGGGGGGACUGAGGGUUAGACAGUACCCUCCCUCUCUCAGUGUGAUGCGGGGUGAAACGGCAACCCUGUCCUGUCAUUUCGAAGUCGAAUCCCUCAAGUACGGGGUUCAGUGGUUCAAAAUGAAGUCGGAGAAGCAGCUCAUCGCAAAGUCAGCCAGGCAGAGCGUGGUGGAGAAGAAUCAAACCUCCUCCCUGGUGAUCACAGAGGUAGCACCGGAGGAUUCUGGGUGGUAUUACUGCGAGGUGAACGUCCUGCAGAAAGAGCCGGAGUGGGGCAACGGCACCGAGCUGGUCGUCCUGGCACCUCCCUCUGCUCCCAGAAUAUACCUCCAGAUUCCCCCGGACCCACAGACCGGCCGGUGGGCUCUCCUCUGUCUCACCGGGGGGUUCAGACCCAGCGAGCUAACCCUCACGUGGACCUACCAGAGCACAGCGGUCAAUAUCGAUCACCUGUCAGUCACCAAUUGCACCCUUCCUGCAGUCAGCCCUGACGGUAACCUCUCUGAACACCCUGCUGACGGAUCCCUGCUGUCCUCAGAUUGGUUGUUGGACUCGGCGCCUCCGAGCCGGCCACGGUGUUUCCAGGUGAUGGACAGCCGCAGCCAGGAAGUGUUCCUCUUCAGCGUGUUUGUCCUCCCAAUGAAACAAUCUUUGGACACAGGGAUCACCUUCACAUGUGGUGUGCAGGACCACCCCGCCAUGAGCACGGCUCUGACUGCCUCCUUCACUUGGGAUGCCUCCCCUAACGAGCUGAUUUUGCAGUUGAAUAUCCUCAAGAUGUGCUUCCUCUCUGCGAUGACGGUGUUGUUGUUAGUGGAAGCGGCCAAACAUUUCUGCCUGCAGGGAAAAUGAUGUCGGGCCAUGAAACACAGGGUGAAAUAGGAGGGGAAACAAAAAGAGGACCGCCGGGUGUUCAGUGCGGCUCAUCUCGGACGGCCAACCUUUGACAAACAGCAUCACACAGAUCAAGAGAGUCGCAGCUGAAAAAAAGAAAAACGAGAACUCAUUCUGACCAAACAGUUCACUCGAUGCUAUAUAAAGUCAAUGUGCAU